CUCGUUUCUCGUGUCUCUCAUCUCCUUGUUGACUUCUCUGAUGCCCUUUUCAUCAUUCAAGCUGUUUGGAGUCAUCUAUUCUCCACCUUUGAUAGAUACCUAGCUGUCAAUCAAGGAUGGACGACCGGCCCCUCGCUUCUUUAUCGCUCACCCACGUCCGCUAUACUCCCGGUGACCCCAUAUCCUAUGCGUCAGCGUGGCUAGCUCUGGUGCCACAAGGGCUGUGCGUGGUCUACGUGACUCUAAUAUGGGCAUCGCGCGAAGCUGAGAUAUUCCUCAUGUUCGCCGGCCAAAUGGCGUGUGAAGUGGUGAAUUUUGGAUUGAAACGGUUGAUCCGGGAAGAACGCCCCAAACAAAUGACGGGCAAAGGCUAUGGCAUGCCCUCGUCGCACUCUCAAUUUGUGGCCUUUUUCGCCAUCUCAUUUAGCCUAUUCUUAAUCUUCCGCCACGUCCCCGAUCCUUCAGCAAGCUAUUCACCUACCACCUUUACCGAGCGACUCUUUUUGUCUUUCGUCGCAUGCAUGGGGGCUGGAGCUGUUGCUGCCAGCCGCGUUUAUCUAAACUACCACACGCCAAAGCAAGUUUGGGUCGGGGUUGCGGCUGGUGCAGUCUUUGCGAUCAUCUGGUUUCUAUUCACCUCCUAUUUGCGGCAUUUUGGGUGGCUGGAUUGGGCUUUGGAGAGUUGGAUCUGCAGAAGGUUGAGGGUGAGAGAUUUGAUCGUCACAGAAGAUAUCCAGGACGCUGGCUGGGGGAGAUGGGAACAAAGGAGGAAAGAGAGGAAGGACAGAAAGGCAUCUGCCUCGCGCCUGAAGACUAGAUAAGUAGUACUCAACGAAGGUUGAUUCGUUCAACAUUAGUUGAUUUGUGAAAUUCAGGUCCAUCAAUGUUAAGAGAACGCCUCUUUCUGUGAUUGCAACUCGGAAAGUCAUGGGCUU